AAGGAUAAAACAAAAAAUCCCCUAAUUUCCCUUCUCUUUUUUUCCUUUUCCUUUUAUUUUCUUUUAUUUUUGUAUUUUUUAAAUUUGUUUUCCUUUUUAAUUUCUUUUUUGGAUCUCUCUCGUUUAUCAUUUUCCGUCAAUCAGAUUUUUGCAUAUUCCGAUUCAGAUCGAUAGGAACGGACCCAAAAAUGGCCGCAUCGAGGCGAUUGCGAGACCUUCAAUCGCAGCCAGGCAACAAGAUCUGCGUGGAUUGCUCCCAAAAGAAUCCGCAAUGGGCGUCGGUUUCGUACGGCGUGUUCAUGUGCUUAGAGUGCUCCGGCAAGCACCGUGGCCUAGGUGUCCACAUCUCCUUCGUCCGAUCUGUUACAAUGGACUCGUGGUCCGAGAUCCAGAUCAAGAAGAUGGAAUCUGGAGGAAACGAACGGCUCAACGCGUUUCUCGCGCAGUACGGGAUUCCUAAAGAAACCGAUAUCGUAACUAAGUACAACACCAAUGCCGCUAGCAUUUAUCGUGACAAAAUUCAAGCUCUAGCUGAGGGGCGCUCAUGGCGGGACCCACCCGUGGUUAAGGAGACACUCAAAGGUGGAAAUAAGAAACCUCCACUGGCGCAAAGCGCCGGUGGUGGCGGCAGUAGUUUUGGCAAUAAUGGAGGAUGGGAUAAUUGGGACAACGACGAUGUUAAAUCUCCGACUGAUAUGAGAAGAAACCAAUCCGUUUCGGAUUUUAGAGGCGGAAGUGGGGGAACCGGUGGCGUGCCCGUAAGGUCCAAAUCAACUCAAGAUAUUUACACACGUGCGCAGUUGGAGGCGUCUGCCGCUAAUAAGGAGAGUUUUUUCUCGCGAAAAGUGGCCCAGAAUGAGUCCCGACCCGAGGGCAUUCCGCCUUCUCAAGGAGGGAAGUAUGUUGGGUUUGGAUCCAGCCCGGCUCCUUCACAGAGGAAUAACAAUUCCCAGGGGGAUGUUCUCUCUGCCUUUUCUCAGGGGUUUGGUAGGUUAUCCUUGGUCGCAGCCUCUGCCGCUCAGUCGGCUGCUAAUGCUGUUCAGGCAGGAACAAAGGAGCUCAGUUCUAAGGUGAAGGAGGGUGGUUAUGAUCACAAAGUCAGUGAAACUGUCACUGUUGUCACCGCAAAGACAACAGAGAUUGGACAGAAGACAUGGGGUGUUAUGAGGGGGGUUGUGGCAUUGGCCACACAGAAGGUUGAGGAGUACAGUAAAGAUGGCAUGAAUUGGAACAAUGAUAACUGGCAACGAAAUGAAAGUGAUAAAAAUGGAUUUUAUCAGGAGUUUAACAGGGAGAACAAAGGAUGGAAUUCUCCAGCUGGAGGGCAGUCCUCAUCUGGUGGCCACCAUAAUUCUUAUACCUCAAGUUCUUGGGAUGAUUGGGACCAGAAAGACAGCAAGAAAGAAGAUGUGGGUAAUAAUAACAAUGAUGGUUGGGCUGGCUGGGAUGAUGCCAAAGAUGAUGGAUAUGAUAAUUUCCAUCAAGGUGCGUCUGACAAGAAAACCGUGGGUGAUAAUGGGAAAUCAGAUGGCACAUGGACAGGAGGAGGUUUUCUCUAAGGUAAAAUGAUUUUGGCAAAGCCCUUUAUACAGAGUGGUAAUUCUUUAUGAAAAUUGCUGGCAGGCGAGCUAGGAUGAUGUGAAAAGAUGGUGUUUAUGACAAUUUCUUCCAGGUACAGCUGAUAAGAAUAUUGUUAGUAACAAAAAAGUGAUGUGGGGAUGCUUUUGAUAAGUUUAGUAUAUUUUUAUAGCUCCUCUUUUUCUUUUCUCUGUUCUCUUAUUUCAAAAAUUUACAUCACUUCGUGGAAGGUCUGUGUUGGAAGUAGUUCUUAUAUGUACAAACUAUGACCGUGGGGUGAUCGCCCCAUCAAAAAAGGAUAUCUGUUUGUGAGCAUGAGCAAAAUUAUUUGACUAUGAAAAUUCAAAGUUGUUUUGAAAUCUGUAAUGACUAGUGAAUUAUUUUUCACUCA